CCAACCAGCUUAUUCAUCGCGCCAAAAGCACUACUUGACAAAGAUUAUUUAUAUUUGUUUGAUUUCUCGUUAAACACCAACUGUACGUACACAAUGUCGGAUUCAGAAUCAGCAAAUGAAAGUGAAGAAGCUAUGGAAACAAACGGGUCUGGGAGUGAGGAUGCUGGACCAUCCACAAAAGCAGAAAAAGCUUUCAAACUCAAGACACCACCAAAGGGAAAAGGAGGCAGUGAUGAGGUGUAUGAUGAUAAAUUGGAUGUGGAUAAAGGCAACAGGUUUGACUACCUACUUCAACAGACAGAAAUCUUUGCUCAUUUCAUGAGCACAGGGGCAGCUCUUGGACAGAAAACCCCCACUAGUCCACUAAAGAUGAAGCCAGGAAGGCCCUCAAAAGCUGCAGCUACACCAGAGCCAAAGGCCAGAGAACGAUUGUUGUCAGCUGGAGAUCACCGUCACAGAAGAACAGAGCAGGAAGAAGACGAAGAGCUUUUACGUAACAGUCGUAAAUCUUUGAAUGUAUUGACACGCUUCGAUGAAUCUCCUUCAUAUAUCAAGAGUGGAACUAUGAGAGACUACCAGAUUAGAGGCUUGAAUUGGAUGAUUUCUCUUUAUGAACAUGGAAUCAAUGGGAUCCUGGCUGAUGAAAUGGGUUUGGGUAAGACCUUACAGACAAUCUCCCUAUUAGGUUACAUGAAACAUUUCCGUAACAUUCCCUCUCCACAUCUUGUGAUAGUGCCAAAGAGUACAUUAUCCAACUGGAUGAAUGAAUUCAAGAGAUGGUGCCCAAGUCUGACUGCCGUCUGUCUCAUUGGAAACCAAGAACAGAGGAUGGCGUUCAUCCGUGAUACGUUGCUACCUGGAGAAUGGGACGUCUGUGUGACAUCAUAUGAAAUGUGUAUUAGGGAGAAAUCAGUCUUCAAAAAGUUCAACUGGAGAUAUAUUGUAAUUGAUGAAGCCCACAGGAUCAAGAAUGAAAAAUCGAAGCUGUCUGAAAUUGUGCGUGAAUUCAAGUCCACAAACAGACUCCUGUUAACUGGUACGCCUCUACAGAACAAUCUUCAUGAGCUCUGGUCUCUUCUGAAUUUCCUUCUUCCAGAUGUCUUCAGCUCCUCAGAUGACUUUGAUUCAUGGUUCAGUACCAGUAACAUGUUGGGAGAUGAUGAUGCCCUUGUAAAGAGGCUGCAUGCGGUUUUGAGACCUUUCUUGCUGAGAAGAAUCAAAAGAGAAGUGGAAAAAUCCCUCCUACCAAAGAAAGAGACUAAAAUAUUUAUUGGACUUAGUAAAAUGCAGAGAGAGUGGUACACAAAGAUCCUUAUGAAAGACAUCGAUGUUGUUAACGGUGCCGGAAAAUGUGACAAAAUGAGGCUAUUGAACAUCCUAAUGCAGCUGCGAAAAUGCUGUAACCAUCCCUACCUGUUUGAUGGUGCGGAACCAGGGCCUCCAUACACCACAGAUAAACACUUGGUUGAUAACUGUGGGAAAAUGGUCAUCUUAGAUAAACUUUUACCAAAGCUACAGGAGCAAGGUUCAAGAGUUCUGAUCUUCAGUCAGAUGACGCGUGUCUUGGACAUAUUAGAAGAUUAUUGCGGCUGGAAAAACUAUGAAUAUUGUCGCUUGGAUGGACAAACAGCCCAUGAGGAACGUACGCAGUCCAUCGAAGCAUUUAAUAUGCCAAAUAGUAAAAAGUUUGUCUUCAUGCUGAGUACGAGAGCAGGAGGUCUGGGGAUUAAUCUUGCGACGGCAGAUAUCGUUAUUCUAUUUGAUUCAGAUUGGAACCCACAGGUUGAUCUCCAGGCUAUGGACAGGGCCCACAGGAUUGGACAGAAGAAACAGGUGAGAGUGUUCAGAUUUGUGACGGAGAACACCAUUGAGGAGAGAAUCAUAGAGAGAGCAGAGAUGAAACUCAAGCUGGACAGUAUUGUCAUUCAACAGGGUCGCUUGGUUGAUGCCUCAGCAAAACUAGCCAAGGAUGACAUGUUAGAUAUGAUCAGACAUGGAGCCAACCAUGUGUUUGCAUCCAGAGAGGGUGAAAAUCUUGAUGUUGAUAUAGACAUUCUGCUUGAAAGAGGAGAGAAAAAGACUGAAGAAAUUGCUAAAAAGAUGGAAAAACUUGGCGAGGGAAAUCUGCGUAACUUUGAGAUGGACGUUCAAGAGCCCAAAUCAGUCUACCAGUUUGAAGGCGAAGAUUAUAGGGAUAAACAGAAGGGUGGAAUAGGUAUGUGGAUUGAGCCCCCUAAGAGAGAGAGAAAGGCUAACUAUGCUGUAGAUGCUUACUUCAGGGAGGCUUUGAGAGUCAGCGAGCCUAAAGCACCUAAGGCACCUCGACCUCCUAAACAGCCCAAUGUACAAGACUUCCAGUUCUACCCUCCAAGACUAUUUGAACUGUUAGAUCAGGAGAUUUACUGCUAUAGGAAAAGUAUUGGAUACAGGGUACCCAAGAAUCAUGACCUUGGACCAGAUGCUGAGAAGGUUCGUAAAGAGGAACAGAGAAAGAUUGAUGAGGCUGAACCACUAGAUGAGGAGGAACAAGCUGAGAAGGAGAGGCUACUAAAUGAGGGCUUCACUGGCUGGAACAAGAGAGACUUCAACCAGUUCAUCAAGGCCAAUGAGAAAUAUGGCAGAGAUGAUAUUGACAGUAUAUCCAGGGAAGUGGAGGGAAAAUCACCAGAUGAGGUGGUCGAAUACUCUGCAAUCUUCUGGGAACGCUGUAAUGAGCUACAAGACAUUGAGCGCAUCAUGGCGCAGAUAGAGCGUGGUGAAACUAAAAUCCAGCGUAGAAUAGGCAUCAAGAGGGCGAUGGAUGCAAAGAUGGCACGGUAUCGUGCCCCGUUCCACCAGUUAAGGAUCCAAUACGGGACAAAUAAGGGCAAGAAUUAUACAGAAGAAGAAGACAGAUUCCUGGUAUGUAUGCUACACAAGCUGGGCUUUGACAAGGAGAAUGUCUAUGAUGAACUCCGGAUGGCUGUUCGCCAAGCUCCACAGUUCAGAUUUGAUUGGUUCAUCAAAUCCCGUACAGCUAUGGAGCUGCAGCGUAGAUGUAACACAUUGAUCACCCUGAUUGAGAGAGAAAACAUGGAACUUGAGGAAAGAGAGAGGGCAGAGAAGAAGAAACGUGGACCAAGAGCAGGAACUCCAAAGUCAUCUCAAAAGAGGAAAGCUGAUACAGGAGCCAGUGGUGCAAAGCAAAAGAAGAAAAGAUGA